CCGCCCGCUCGCCCGCCCCAGCCGGCGGCACCUCCGGGCGGCGGCUCCUCCCCCGCCGCUCGCCGCGCCUGUGGCAGCCCGGCAGCAUGGCGGCGGUGGAGACCCGCGUCUGCGAGACGGCUGGCUGCAGCAGCGAGGCCAAGCUGCAGUGCCCGACCUGCCUCAAGCUGGGCAUCCAAGGCUCCUACUUCUGCUCUCAGGAAUGCUUUAAGGGAAGCUGGGCUACUCACAAGUUAUUACACAAGAAAGCAAAAGAUGAAAAAGCUAAGCGUGAAGUUUCCUCUUGGACCCUGGAAGGUGAUGUUAACACAAAUCCCUGGUCUGGUUAUCGAUACACUGGUAAACUCAGGCCACACUAUCCACUGACGCCAACGAGACCUGUGCCAAGUUAUAUUCAGAGACCGGACUAUGCUGAUCACCCACUAGGAAUGUCUGAAUCAGAACAGGCUUUAAAAGGAACCUCUCAAAUAAAAAUACUCACAUCUGAGGAUAUAGAAGGGAUGCGAGUAGUGUGUAGGCUUGCUAGAGAGGUAUUGGAUGUUGCUGCCAUGAUGGUGAAAGCAGGAGUAACUACUGAAGAAAUUGAUCACGCUGUCCAUUUAGCUUGUAUCGCAAGGAAUUGCUAUCCUUCCCCUCUGAAUUAUUAUAAUUUCCCAAAGUCAUGUUGUACGUCAGUGAACGAAGUGAUCUGUCAUGGAAUUCCUGACAGGAGGCCAUUGCAGGAGGGAGAUAUAGUUAAUGUGGAUAUUACUGUCUAUCGUAAUGGCUACCAUGGAGAUCUGAACGAGACAUUUUAUGUUGGAGAAGUUGAUGAGGGUGCAAGGAAGCUUGUCCAAACAACUUACGAGUGCCUAAUGCAGGCCAUUGAUUCAGUGAAACCCGGUGUUCGGUACAGAGAACUAGGAAACAUUAUUCAGAAACAUGCUCAAGCAAAUGGAUUUUCAGUGGUUCGGAGCUACUGUGGGCAUGGAAUCCACAAACUUUUCCAUACGGCCCCUAACGUGCCACAUUAUGCCAAAAAUAAGGCCGUUGGAGUCAUGAAGCCAGGUCAUGUAUUUACAAUUGAGCCAAUGAUCUGUGAAGGUGGCUGGCAAGAUGAGACAUGGCCUGAUGGGUGGACUGCAGUGACACGGGAUGGAAAGCGCUCUGCCCAGUUUGAACACACACUCCUGGUCACCGAUACAGGCUGUGAGAUCCUGACACGGCGGCUGGAUAGUAUUCGUCCCCAUUUCAUGUCCCAGUGAGCGCUUAGACUGAGCAGGUGGAGCUGAAUGAUCCUUUUUUUCUUUAUUUUUGUGUCUCUGUACUAUGCAUUUUGUUUAAGAGUACAGAAUAGAGAUUUCAGCAUUUACUUUGUUCUCAGUGAUUAAGAUAAGAGGAAUAUCUUGAAGAACCUGAGGAAAGCAGAGAAGAAUUUAAGGAAUUUCCUGCUUUACCCACAAUACUCAUGCUGUAUUUUUCUUUGUAUUUCAAUUAUCUGUUUAGCACCUUUCUUCCAAUUAGACCCACAAUUGCUUCUGUUACUGCCAUAUUAGCUAGAAAAGUGUGGGUAACCUUUCCCACUGGGACUUGAUAUUUUGGGAUCCAGGUUUUUUCACCACUUUAAUGUGCCCUGUCACUCUUGGGAUGUGAGUGGCACCUGAGAUUUUAAGCAUUUCUAGUUCCAAAGACUUGCUCCUGCUUCUGGAGGUACUGUUCUAAUGGGCUGGGCCUUGUUUAUCACUUGAGAAGGGGGCAGAAGGGAAAGACACAUGCAUGUUGCCAAGAAUAAGCUACCCUUACCUUUAUUUUUGUUCCCGUCUCCCUUGUGAUGGCCUCUGUGGUGAUUGCAACUUAGGUGACACACUGUUAAUGGCAGGACUUGUUUCUCUUGCUGGAGAUUUGAUAGUAUGGGCUUUCUACAGGGAAAAAUAAUAAAUUCUGUUUUAUAUGCAACUCCCUGGAAUAAGCUGCUUCUUGGCAAAGCAGUAUUUCCAGGCAGUCUCCUGCUCCAAAAGCUCCGUGGAGCUGAUGUGUCAGACUUGCCUAGGUAAAGGAACAAGUACCAAAAAGAUCCCAAGAUUCUUGGGAUCCCUGAGUGUGUGAACUGUGGGACAUUUUUUUUAAAGGUACCUCCACAGAGCUGUGGGGGACAGGAUUUGCAAGACUUGCAAUGAAAAGAGUACAUGCAUAUCUCAAAACAAGUCUGUGAGCAAACGAAACACCUUUGAUGCUGUA